CCCACCUAACGCUUCUGCUGAAACUCGUAAUGACUGUAUGGCUUUCAGUUAAUGUUCGGGUGAAUUUUGUAAGUCUCCGGGAAAAUUGUUACGUUUAAGGCGCAUUUUUUUAGUUAACGGAAAGUAGAGCAUUACGUGACAGUCAAUAAAUUGGAUUAGCGCUAAGUCAAGUCACCGGUGAAUGAUAGUAUUGUAAACCUGGCUAGCUAGCUAAACGGACAGCUCUUCUGUCGUCUGCUAACGUUGCAUGCAAUAAAAGGUUUAGGUCUUCAGUAGCUGUCAGCUGGUGUAGAAGUCAUUGGGUCAUCAUGGAGAGUUACAGUCAGCGGUUUGAAUCCACCACCGGACGGGACAGUAAAUCUCAAAAGAAGAAGGGCUCCACUUCGUCAUACACCGAUGACGGAGACCGCAAACCAAAAUUUCACUUACCCUUUAGAAACAUCACAGAUGAUGUGCUGGACAGAUUCGCCAGUAUUCGGAUUCCCGGUAGUAAAAAGGAGCGCCCACCCUUGACACAAUCUAAGCACAAUGCAAACGACUGGUCCAGUUCUUCAUCCUCCACCUCACAUCAUUUUGAGGAACUAUCGUCAAAGAUAAACUCAGAAAAGGAGAUCUUGGCUCUUUUUGAAAAGAUGAUGGAAGACAUGAACUUGAAUGAGGACAAAAAGACUCCUUUGAGAGAAAAAGACCUCAACACAAAGAAAGAAAUGGUCAUUCAGUAUAUAUCAACUGCCUCUAAAACUGGCAACUUGAGAAGCAGCCAUCAGAUUUCUCCCCAGGAAUUCCUUAGUGAGCUGAAGUCAGGGGUCAUGGAUGAACGUCUGUUUUCCUGUCUAGACUCACUGCGAGUGUCCCUUACCAGCAACCCCGUCAGCUGGGUGCAAAACUUUGGGCAUGAAGGUCUUGGACUGCUGCUAGACAUUUUGGAGAGGUUGCUAUUCAAGAAACACCAAGAGAAAAUUGACAAAAAGAACCAACAUAAAGUUAUCCAGUGUCUCAAAGCCUUCAUGAACAACAAGUAUGGCUUGGAUCGAAUUCUGGGGGAGGAGAAAAGUCUUGCUUUACUGGCAAGAGCCAUUGAUCCCAACCAGUCUGCAAUGAUGACCGAUGUGGUAAAGCUGUUGUCAGCCAUCUGCAUUGUAGGAGAAGAGAACAUUUUGGAGAAGGUCCUUGAAGCCAUCACCACAGCGGGGGAAUGGCGAGGCAUUGAGAGGUUCAGUCCCAUUGUGCAAGGACUACGCGAUCGCUCAGUUCAAUUACAAGUGGCAUGCAUGCAGCUCAUCAAUGCACUAGUAACAUCCCCUGAUGAGCUGGACUUCAGGCUGCACAUUAGAAAUGAAUUUAUGCGCUGUGGCCUGAAAGAGAUAUUGCCGCAACUGCUAGUCAUCAGGAAUGAGGCCCUUGACAUUCAGCUCAAGGUAUUUGAGGAGCACAAAGAAGAGGACAUGAUGGAGUUCUCUCACAGACUGGAAGACAUUAAGAGUGAGCUUGAUGAUGCAGGUGAUAUAUUCAGUAUUGUGCAGAGCAUGGUAAAGGACAGCAGUGCAGAGCCAUAUUUCCUCUCUAUACUGCAGCACCUCGUGCUUAUACGAAAUGACCACUUGAUCAGGCCACAGUACUUUAAGAUCAUUGAGGAAUGUGUUUCUCAAAUUGUGCUCCACCGUAGUGGCACUGACCCAGAUUUCAGUUACCGCAAGCGCCUCGAUGUCGACUUUAGCCACCUAUUAGAGGUGUGCGUGGAUAAAUCUCGAAUAGAUGAAUAUGAACAACAAGCUUCGGAACUGGCACAGAAGUUUGAUGAGGAAUUUCUAAGCAGACAGGAGGCACAAGCUCAGCUGGUCAAGUGUGAAGAAAAAAUAGCUGAACUCCAAGCAGAGCUACAGGCCUUCAGGUCCCAGUUUGGAGCUGUACCCGUGGGGCCGGCCAAUGCUGGACAGGCAUCAUCUUCUUCAACAAUCCCAUCUGGGGUUCCAAUUCCUGCUCCAGCAUCUCUUGGGCCAGUCCCACCACCACCUCCCCCUCCGCCUCCGUUACCUGGUUGUCCUGCACCACCUCCACCACCUGGAAUGCCUCCUCCAUUUGGUGCUCCCCCACCACCCCCUCUUGGAUUUGGGGGUGGUCUAGGCUCACCUACCCACCACACUCUGCCUUAUGGCCUCAGGCCAAAGAAAGAAUUCAAGCCUGAAACCUCCAUGAAGCGCCUGAACUGGUCCAAGAUUCGUCCCCAAGAAAUGUCAGAGGGCUGUUUUUGGGUGCGGGUUGAUGAGGACCAGUAUGCAAAGCCAGAUCUGCUCAACAGAGUUGCUCUUACUUUUGGAUCACAGAGAACAGAAACAAAAGACUGUGAGGAGAGUGUACUGGCAGAGGAACCACCUAAAAAAGAAGAGGAGGAUACAGAGGAUAAGAAAUCCAUAAAGAAGAGAAUUAAAGAGCUGAAGGUGCUCGAUCCAAAGAUUGCACAGAAUCUGUCCAUCUUCCUAGGCUCCUUCCGCAUCCCUUAUCAGGAAAUUCGACGCAUGAUAGUGGAGGUCGAUGAAGAGCAACUCUCUGAACCUAUGAUCCAGAACCUUGUAAAGCACCUACCGGAGCAGGAGCAGCUUAAUGCGCUGGCCACAUACAAAAAUGAGUACUCUAAUUUGUCAGAGCCUGAGCAGUUUGGGGUUGUGAUGAGCAGUGUGAAGCGGCUGCGUCCUCGCCUCAGCCACAUCCUCUUCCGGCUUCAGUUUGAGGAGCACGUAAAUAAUCUGCGACCAGAUAUUCUGGCCGUAAAUGCCGCAUGUGAUGAGGUCAGGAAGAGCCGCUCCUUUGGCCGCUUAUUGGAGCUGGUGCUACUACUGGGGAAUUACAUGAAUGCGGGCUCUCGAAACGCCCAAUCAUAUGGCUUUGACCUGAGCUCCCUUUGCAAGCUAAAGGACACCAAGUCAGCAGAUCAGAAGACAACCUUACUUCACUUCCUGGCACAAGUAUGUGAGGACGAAUUUCCAGACGUGGUCAAGUUUCUUGACGACCUAGAGCAUGUGGAUCGAGCAAGCAGAGUGUCUGCAGAGAAUCUGGAAAAGAGCCUCAGGCAGAUGGAGAGGCAGCUGCUGCAGCUGGAGAGAGACCUGGAGACUUUCUCCUCCUCCGAUGACCCCAACGACAUGUUUCUUACCAAAAUGGCUAGCUUCAGCAAAGUUGCACGGGAGCAGUAUGACAAGCUGGUGAUCAUGCACGGCAACAUGGAGACGCUGUAUCAGAACCUGCUGGAGUACUUUGCUAUUGAUCCUAAGAAGACUUCUGUGGAGGAGCUGUUCACUGAUCUCAGCAACUUCCGUUCAAUGUUCACUCAAGCACUGAAAGAGAACUUCAGGCAGAGGGAGACGGAGGAGAAACAGAGGAGAGCGCGGGCAGCAAAGGAGAAGGCAGAGCGUGAAAAGCGGGAGAGACAGCAGAAGAAGAGGAGGUUGCUGGAAGUCAAUGCAGAGAAUGAUGAGACAGGUGUGAUGGAUAGUUUGCUGGAAGCCCUACAGUCAGGAGCUGCAUUCAGAGACCGCAGGAAGAGAGCGCCAAGACCCAGAGAAAACAACAAGGCACCUUUACAAAGGUCUCGCUCUCGGCAGAAUAUAAAUGCGAGUUCAGCGGCGGUGAAAGCUCCCUCUGCCCGGGAGGCCCAUAAUGAGUCUGAGAGCCAUCCAUCUGCAGCCAGAGCCAAAGCUGCUGUGGGUUCAGAGUCGGGCCGCGGUUACAGGAACGUGGCGGGUCACGGCUAUGGGCCGGACAGAGAGAGGGUGUUGGAGAGAGUUAAAGCGACCGAAAAAGAGAUGGAGGUUGGCACAGGAAGCGCGGGAACUCCAGCCUUCCAGUCAUCCUCCUUUAGUCCCACAGUGAGCAGCUGUGGCACCAAUGGAGAGUCAGAUGUAGAGGCACUCCUCGCGAAACUAAGAGCCUUGUGAGGGUCAUUUCUUAUAUUUGAAAGAAAAAAAUAUAUAUACACAUUUUUUUAUAUGCAGCAUAUAGUACAUUUCUGCCCACACAUUUAAAUAUACUCUGAUUAUAACCUUAAAGGUCAUAAUCAAAAGCUUUGUUAACAAGAGGAAAUAUAAAUAAAUAGCUGGGCAACUAAAUAAUGACAAUGCAUUUGUGUAGAAACGGUAAUGAAUUCAUGGACCAUGUUUUUAAGGCACAGUGGUACAAAAAAAAUCAUUUUCUGGCAGAUGGAGCACAGAAAGCUGAUCGCACUUUGGCCUGCCCAAUGUCCUCAGAGGUUAUUUCUUGAAAAACUCUGAUUGUGAUUCAUUAGGAAUAUUGAAGCGUAUUAGUUGAUUACAUUAUAUUUCAAAAAUGAAAAUGCACCCAAAUAGAUUCUGCCGUCUUUAUCUGAUCCUCCUCUGUGUGCUGCCAUUAACAUUUAUGAAUUCCAAAGAAUCAGAAUAUAACAGCUUUUCCUCUGAAAGCUGCAGAUGCAAUGUUGCUAAGCACUUUUUUUUGUAAACCAUAAAAAAUGUUUAAAAACAAACUUUAAUCGCAUUUGCAUUUUUACAUCUUUAUCAUAUGUCUUGUCCUGUCUGUAUUUAUGUAUCACAUUAGUCAAGUACAAUUGAAAGUUUCAAACUUACAUUUAUUUGUAUAACUUUUGGUUUUUAUUUUUAUUUUUAUGUUUUCCUUUCUUUCUUUGUUCUUUAUAAGUUCUUUUUGUUUCCACUCCCUAUGUGUUAAUGGUCUGUCUCUGUGUUUAUAAAUGUAUUAAUACUUACGAGUUAAGCCACGAUUGCGCUUCCACGGGUUCUAAUAUUAGAUUUUGUUAGAGUUUGGUGGUACUGGACUGUUUUUUGCUCUGUGUAUUUUCUAGUGAAUGUAAGUCUUCAGAAAAGGGAACAAACUUUGAUCCAAAAUAUGGCACAAAGCACCAGAAUGUGUUUUUUUUUUCUUUCUUCUGCAUUGCAACUGAACUUACUUAACCAUACUUGUUAUAUCUCUAUCUGUAUUCCUAGUUUUUGUAGACAUAUUUGCAAUAAAAAAAGGAAAUAAA